AUGAAGAAAGUAUCAGGUCUAGUGAAUAGGCCGAUUGGCAACUUUUCAAACCUUUUGAGCCAAAAAAUGCCGGCCAGAGCCCUCUCAACGGUGGUUCCAGGGCUUCCCAAAGUUGAGAAUACGGCAAAGCCAGUGAGAGUCAGUGACAAAAUUCUUAAUUGGUCCAAGGAAGCCAUAGAACAAGGAAACCCCCAUUUCAAAGUCGGAGCAACCCAGCUCUUCUUUCCCAAGGCGAGAGUGAUUCUGUUGAGACCGAAUGCCAAGCAUACGCCCUACCAGGCAAAAUUCAUAGUCCCAAAGUCGUUCAACAAGCUCGAUCUGCGAGACUACCUUUACAACAUAUAUGGCCUCCGAGCCCUGAAUAUCACGACCCAGCUGCUCCACGGGAAAUAUACGCGUGUGAACCAGGUCAUGCCGCGCUACAGAUCUGCUCAGAUCAAAAAAAUGACUAUCGACAUGGCUGAGCCCUUUGUAUGGCCCGAGGAGCCUGUAGACAAGGACCCAUGGGGCGCUGCAUUGGUCGAAGAUCUCAACAAGUACCGUGAAGAGCAAACGAGAAUAGGAUCCGACAAAUUCAAGCCCGGAAAGGCAUUUGACGGUGCUCUAGGUCCGUAUCAACCAGGUGCACAACCUUUCAUUCCAAAGUUUUUGAAAAGAAGACUGGUUAACCAAACUGCAAAAGCCCAGGCUAAUGCAGCACGUGUGGAGAAAUUAUCGAAAGUGGACACUUUGGUUCAUAGAUUGAAUCAAAACCUUUAG